UCAUUUUUUGGGGCCAAAAAAAAAAAUAGAAGUGGAAAAAAAAAUUGAAAACACCAUAUCACUCCCUUCUUUCCAGAUCAAACUAAUCACUCAAUUAUUAAAAUUCUGAUCAUUCAACUUCCAAUCCAAUCCAAUCAUGUUGGACCAAAUUAAUCACUCCGUUCUUAGAAGGCCCUUCUCUGAAUCCGAAGAAGCUCCAUCGUCAUAAUCUCUGAAAUAGAAAGGAAAAUCAUGGAGUUCUUCUUUGGAUUGAUAAUCGGCAUUGCCAUCGGCAUUGGGUUGAUCGUGGCUUUCGCUCGGGCAGAGAGAAUUCGAUCCAAAUUUCGUUCUGAUUUGGCCAAGACAGUGGCUGCGUUUGCAAGGAUGACAGUGCAAGAUUCCAGAAAGCUUCUUCCACCUCAGUAUUAUCCAUCUUGGCUUGUCUUCACAAAGCGCCAGAAGUUGAAUUGGCUUAACCACCAUCUUGAGAAGAUUUGGCCAUACGUUGAUGAAGCAGCAUCAGAGCUGAUAAGGAGCAAUGUAGAACCGAUACUCGAACAAUACAGGCCAAUGGUCUUGUCUUCACUCAAAUUCUCUAAACUCACCCUUGGCACAGUGGCUCCACAAUUCACAGGAGUUUCAAUCGUUGAAGGUGAAAGUGAGGCGGGAGGAAUCACUAUGGAGUUGGAGGUUCAGUGGGAUGGUAAUCCAAACAUUGUGCUUGAUAUUAAAACCAGGGUUGGUCUUGCACUACCUGUACAGGUGAAAAAUAUUGGAUUCACUGGGGUUUUCAGGUUAAUCUUCAAACCCCUAGUCGGCGACUUCCCUUGUUUUGGAGCUGUUUGUUAUUCCUUAAGAGAAAAGAAAAAGCUGGAUUUUGUGUUUAAAAUUUCUGGUGGUGAUAUAUCAUCUAUUCCCGGCGUUUCUGAUGCUAUUGAGGAAACGAUACGAGAUGCUAUUGAAGAUUGUAUAACUUGGCCAGUACGUAAUAUUAUACCGAUAAUACCCGGAGAUUAUAGUGCCUUGGAGUUGAAGCCAGUCGGAAUGUUAGAUGUGAAGCUUGUGGAAGCUAAGGAGUUGACAAACAAGGACCUUGUUGGAAAAUCAGAUCCUUUUGCUGUGAUAUUCAUACGUCCACUUCGUGACAGAAUGAAAACCAGCAAAGUCAUUGACAACGAUUUGAAUCCAAUCUGGAAUGAGCACUUUGAGUUCAUUGUUGAAGAUACAUCGACUCAAAACUUGACAAUAAGAGUCUUUGACGACGAAGGACUUCAGGCUGCAGAGCUCAUUGGCUGUGCUCAAGUGCAACUGAGUCAGCUUGAGCCUGGUAAAGUGAAGGAUCUGUGGUUAAAGUUGGUGAAGGAUUUGGAGAUCCAGAGAGAUGCUAAAUACAGGGGUCAGGUGCACUUGGAGCUGUUAUACUGUCCUUUUGGUACAGACGGUAACAUCGUAGGCCCGUUCGACCACGACUUUGCGUUGACCUCUUUGGAAAAGGCUCUUAAGAUUGAACCCAGUGGAGCAGAUAACUUAGAAAAAAUGAGAAAAGCAGCUGCCCAGAAGAAGAAGGAUGUGUUUGUGAGAGGAGUGCUAUCCGUCACAGUGAUAUCUGCAGAAGACUUACCAGUUGUUGAUUUUAUGGGGAAGGCCGACCCUUUUGUUGUUCUUAUUAUGAAGAAAUCUGAAGCCAAAGCCAAAACUAGGGUUAUAACUAACAAUUUGAAUCCAGUUUGGAAUCAAACAUUUGAUUUCAUGGUGGAGGAUGCAUUGCAUGAAAUGUUAAUGGUUGAAGUUUGGGACCAUGACACUUUUGGAAAGGAUAGAAUUGGAAGAGUCAUCAUGACACUAACCAGGGUGUUGAUGGAAGGGGAAUAUCAAGACUGUUAUCAGCUAGACAUUGCUAAAUCUGGAAGGAUUUAUUUGAACCUCAAGUGGGUUGCACAACAUAAAGUCCGUGAUACGUGAUUUGUAUCAUCCUACAUUGUUUUUUAUUGAGUUGAAGUUGUGAUAUUUUUCACAUGAAUAUUACACAAAAAAGUAUAAGAAAAAGCAAAUAAAUUAUUCAUUAUUUUAACAUAUAAAUUAGAUUUAAGUUAUCUGUCAAACCUAAAAGAAAAUCUUACAAAUCACAUGUA